UCCAUCGUCGCAGCGCUUCCAGAAACAAGGUGACUCGUCACCAAUUGCAUCUUUCUAAUUGCCCACAGGACCGCGAUACCACCUGCUCUGAAUCUUUCUAUUUCUUGUCGACUAGAUUUAUAGAUGCAUAAUGGGGGCCACUAAAGUAUACGUGAUCAACCUCAUCAAGCAAACUGCCCCCAUUGAGCCACCGAUAGAUUCCCAACCCGGUCAUAAACGGCCGCCGAACCUUCGAUAUGUCUAUAAGCUCACCACCUUUGUUUCUCUUGGUGGCUUUCUUUUUGGCUGGGAUCAAGGGGUCAUGGCCAUGAUAAUUGCUGACGAGCGGUGGUUAAGGCUCAUGCAACCGGCCAAUGACUGGAGCGUUGGCUUCGUUGUGAGCAUCUACAACAUCGGCUGUGUCGUGGGAGCCCUGACCAUCGGCCUCAUCGCAGACUCGUGCGGUCGGGAGCGAACCAUUUCGUUGGCAAGCUCCGUGUUCAUCACCGGUGCCUUGAUUCAGUCCGCAUCUUAUAGCAUCCCACAGAUCAGCAUUGGUCGCCUCAUAUUGGGACUCGGCGUGGGUGCCUACUCUGCUGGUGUCCCGCUCUACAUCUCCGAGAUAUCCCCCGCCAAUCUCCGCGGCCGCAUCGUCGGCAUCAACUUGAUGAUCCUCUGUUUUGGAGAAAUGGUCGUUUUCUGGAUCGUCUACGGCUUCUACUUCCUCAACUCGGACCAUUGGUGGCGGAUGCCGCUCGCAAUUCAGGUCGUGCCAGCCUUGGUUCUCGCAGUCGGCUGCUGGAUCUGGGUACCACCAAGCCCUCGCUGGCUCGUGGCUGAAGAACGAUAUGACUGCGCACUUGAAGUGCUCUCGAGAUUACAUGGCUCGGAAGCUGCCGACCUCGAGAUGAGCGAGAUACGCGAGACUUUGUCUGAACAGGAAGCCGUGGCGAAGUCGUCCUGGGCUGACAUGUUCAAGGGGCCAGUCCUGAGAAUUACGCUGCUUGGCACCGGUAUUCAGAUCCUACAACAAGUCACGGGCACGAAUGGCAUAUUCUACUACGCACCUACUUUGUUCAAAAAGGGCGGCAUCACGAACCCCGACAUGGCCAAUCUUGCCACUGGAGGCAUCGGUGUCGUCCUUUUUUUCAGUGCCUGGAUACCUAUCUUCUAUUUUGAUCGGCUGGGACGCAAAACCUGGCUUCAGAUAGGCCUUGUCGGCAUGGUGGGUGCCCUUGUUGGAAUUUGUGCACUCCAGCAGCAUGCAGCGGAUUAUCCCCAUGAUCCAGCAAAUUAUGCCAUUGUCGCAUUUCCCUACCUUUUCUUUACCUUCUUCAACAUGAGUUGGAGCUCGGGCUCUUGGACAUAUGCAGCUGAGAUAUUUCCUAUUUCAUUACGCGCGAAAGGAAAUGCAUUGUGUACCGCCUCCCUGUGGAUUUCAAACUUUGCGGUGGCUCAAGUGUCUCCCCCUAUCGAACGUGCAACUGGUUACGGGCUUUACGUAAUCUUCAUCAUGUUCUGCAUCGUGGCUUUCGUCUUUGUUCGUUAUGCCCUCGUCGAAACGAGGGGUCGUUCACUGGAGGAAAUGGUAGAGCUCUUCGGCAUUGACAAAACCGGAAAAGAGCAAAACAAGGGAGAUUCGGAGAGGCAACCAUUGCUUCAACCAAAUGCCGAGCACGAAUAAUUCCAUUGACGCCUGAAAUCUGGGAGGUGCCCGAGGAUUUAGAUAUUAUAUCUCUUCAUGCAGUACUGCAAGGGAGGCACUUCUUUACUAUGAAGAGUUCCAGAAGACGUCGUUGCAUCUGAAGUAGCCUGGAGAUGGUAAGGUACGGCCAAGCGCAGGGCCGAAUGCCUACAAAACCCCGCAUCAAGCCAGAAGUAGACAUCAGAAAGAAAAGAAAAACAAAACAUCUUUUUUUUGGCCUUCGUAUAAAUC